AUGCGUACCAAGACGAUCGACUCGAUGUUUUCGAAUGCAAAACGACAGUUCUUAAUAGCGACUGUUUGGUAUCGAACUUUAACAAAUCCAAUUUUGGAAGCAUUUGGUAACGCGAAAACGUUACGGAACAAUAACAGCAGCCGAUUCGGGAAGUUUAUUGAGAUCCAUUUUGGAUCAAAAAAAACAGUAGCCGGUGGAUUCGUGUCUCACUACUUGCUAGAGAAGUCUCGGAUUUGUCAGCAACAAGAGGGUGAACGCAAUUACCAUAUAUUUUAUCAGUUGAUCGCAGGUGCAGAUGCAACCCUAGUCAAGAAGUUCUCGUUGAAGAACGUCAAGUCAUUUAAUUGCUUGCAGGUGGAUGAUUUGCAUGAUGCUGUUGUUGACGAUUAUGCAGACUUUCAUAAGUUGUGUAAGGCAUUGUUGAGUAUUGGAUUAAGUGAAAAAGAGUCGUUGCAAGUUUUUCAAAUCGUUGCUGCCAUUCUGCAUUUGGGUAACGUGCAAUUUGAUGAAAAUACGGACGACACCAAAGGUGGAUGUAAAGUGGACGUGCACAGUGAAGAAUCCCUCCGUUUGGCUGCCUCUCUUCUUGGUGUAGAAGCUAAUGAAUUACGUUGUGGACUUGUUUCACGCAUUAUGCAACCCAAAAAAACAACAAAUCAUAUGGGAACGAUUAUAAAUGUCCCCUUGAAACCACUUGAAGCGACGGCUGCGAGGGACGCACUGUCGAAGGCGAUUUACAGUAAACUGUUCGACUGGAUCGUCUUACGAAUCAACAAAUGCAUUCCUUUCGCAGACAGCAUCAGUUACAUUGGUGUUCUUGACAUUGCUGGCUUCGAAUUCUUCACAGUGAACUCGUUUGAACAGUUUUGCAUCAAUUACUGCAACGAAAAAUUGCAACAUUUCUUCAACGAUCGUAUCUUGAACCGUGAACAGGAACUGUACGAGAAAGAACAACUGAAAAUACCGCGGAUUGAAUAUUUUGAUAAUCAAGAUUGUAUCGAAUUGUACGAACAACGAUCCACUGGUUUGCUUGAUAUGCUCGAUGAAGAAGCUCGACUACCGCGCCCUUCUCCACAACAUUUCACUGCUGCCACACCGAGACAGUCAAAGCUGCGUCAGCAUCGUGAAAUGCGUGAUGAUGAAGGAUUUCUGAUAAGGCAUUACGCUGGUUCAGUUUGCUAUCAAACUGCUCAUUUUCUCGACAAAAACAAUGAUGCAUUGCAUGCCUCAUUGAAAGCGCUCGUUGAGGAAAGCAGUGUUCCCUUCGUUCAACGUUUAUUCAAAGAUGAUAAAAAUACGCACCUGGAACGCUUGAAUGGCUGCAAGUCAUCCUCGUCAAAUAAGCUCAUCAGUGCUUCAGUUAGCAACAAAUUCCGCUCGCAGUUGAAUGUACUUCUGCAGAAACUUGAAAGCACGGUUGAUCAUUAUUACUUUCAUCCUUACAUUCAAUCUUUGCAACUUAUAUCAACUGCUUAUUUGAAGGGAACACAUUUUGUUCGAUGCAUAAAACCCAAUUCCAAGAUGUGUUCAUCUCUUUUCGAAGGAUCACUAAUCUUGAGUCAGUUGGAAUGUGCUGGCAUGACAAACGUACUUAAACUUAUGCAUCAAGGAUAUCCAUCCAGGACUGGAUUUGUGGAUCUUUACGAGAAGUACAAAAGAUAUCUACCGCCCCACCUUGCACGCCUACACCCUCGACUCUUCUGCAAAUGUCUUUUCCGGGCUAUUGGUCUCGACGAAAACGACUUCAAAUUCGGUUUAACGAAGGUUUUUUUCAAGCCUGGCAAAUUUGCUGAAUUUGACCACAUGAUUCGUGAUGAUAAAGAGCAAAUCAAAGCUCUUAUUGCUAAAGUGCAAUCAUGGGUGGUACGACUCUCACUUUAUCGACGAGUGCAGGCUCUACUGCAACGAGAAGAGCAAUUACUGGCCAGUAUGAAAAAACUUACCUCUAAAAGUCAGCGCAAGUGGUCAUCUGCAGUAAAGCAAAUUAAAACUGAAGGCGAUCAACUGUUACAUGAUAUCAGAGUUGACGAGCUAUACGAUGAGAAAAAAAUGGAAGGUUCGUAUAAGAAACUAUCGCAGAAUCUUGAAAGAACUCUUGCUUCGUUGAGAUGCGAGAUCAAGAGUUUUCUGAAUUUAUCGAUAUUCAGAGAACAGUUGGCAGCUGAUGAACAAGAGCGAAUACGAAAGUUGGAAGAAAACAUGAGACUGAAAAAAGAGAAAGAAGAACGUGAAAAACGUGAAGCUGAGGAAAACCUUAACAGAAUUCGUGCUGAGAAACGUUUAUUGGAAGAGAGGAGGAAGUGGGAGGAAGAAAGGUUCUUGACACAACAGACUGAAAGAGAAAAGGAAUGUGAGCGUCAUGAACAACAACGUAAAAACAGAGUGAAGGAAGAUGAACAAACUCGAUUAGACGAACAAUUAGCGAGGCAGUUGGCUUUAGAGGACGGUCAAGUAGUGAAAGAAAAUGAACAAACUCGAUUAGACGAACAAUUAGCGAGGAGGUUAGCUUUAGAGGACGGUCAAGCUGCUCAAGAAAAUGAAAACCUCUUUUUAAAGAUAUCAUCUGAGAUUAAUUCAGAUAUCAAAUUGAUAGAGGCAAUUCGUGACGAAUUUCACCGUCGUUUACAAACGUAUCAGCAGUGGAUAGAUGCGAAUCAAUCCAGUAACGAACGACAUAGACCUCGUGCUCCGAGCCACAUCAUUAGCAAAUGUCGUUCUCUUCAACAAAUUCAGUGGAUACGAAACACAUUCAUGGUUCAACUUCAAAUCUUCAACGCUACUUCAAAGUGCCCUUUGAUGGGCAUACGAAUGGCACUGAUGAAUAUGCAUGAAUACAAAGAGACAAUGAAUGACUUACAACUACUACAGCUAGUUUAUUAUCAAGCAGGUUUGUCAAGUGAUCGUUGCCAAACUGGAGUCUGGUACGCACAUUUCGAUGGGCCGUGGGUAGCAAGGCAGAUCGAGAUUUACCCCAAUAAGAAACCUCGCUUGCUCAUUUCGGGACGUGACGACAUGGAAAUGUUUGAAAAGUCACUGGAUCAGACGCAGUUAACAAGGACGAAGGGCGCUGAGAUCUUGGCUGACGAGUUCAAUGCACUUUGGAACAGCCACGGCGGUCCCACUUAUCUGAGUGGAACGGCAAGCAGUAAACGAACGCCUUGA